AUGAUUUCUUUCUAUCUUUCUUCAUUUCCUUUCUUUCUUUCCUUCGUGUUUGAUUUUCCUUUUCACUUCCGUCCUUUGUUUGUUUCUCUGAUCCAUUUCUUUCUUUCUUUCUUUCUUCCUUUCUUUCUUUCUUUCUUUCUUUCUUUCUUUCUUUCUUUCUUAUCUUUUACCAUUUCUGUUCAUUCACUCUCCUCUCUUCUUCCCUCCCUCCCUUCCAUCUUCCCUCCUUUCCUUCCUUCAUCCCUCCCUCCCAUUUCUUUCUUUCUUUCUUUUUUCUUACUUCUUUUUUGCUUUCUUCCUUCCUUCCUUCUUUUUGCUUUCCUCCUUCCUUCCUUCCUUGCUUCUUUCCUUGCUUUCUUCUUUACUUCCUUCCUUCCUUCCUCCCGUCCUUUCUUUCUUCCCCCCUUCUAUCCUUGCUUUCUUCCUCCCUUCCUCUCUUCCUCCCUCCCUUCCAUCUUCCCUACCUUCCUUCCUCCCUCCCUCCCUCCCAUUUCUUUCUUUCUUUCUUUCUUUCUUUCUUUCUUUCUUUCUUUCUUUUUUAUCCUUUUACCAUUUCUGUUCAUUCACUUUCCUCUCUUCUUCCCUCCCUCCCUUCCAUCUUCCCUCCUUUCCUUCCUUCAUCCCUCCCUCCCAUUUCUUUCUUUCUUUCUUUCUUUCUUUCUUUCUUUCUUUUUUGUUACUUCUUUUUUGCUUUUUUCCUUCCUUCCUUCUUUUUGCUUUCCUCCUUCCUUCCUUGCUUCUUUCCUUGCUUUCUUCCUCCCUUCCUCUCUUCCUCCCUCCCUUCCUCCCUCCCUCCCUCCCUUCCUCCUUCCCUCCCUCCCAUUUCUUUCUUUCUUUCUUUCUUUCUUAUCCUUUUACCAUUUCUGUUCAUUCACUCACUCUGUCUGA